AUGCGCAACUCGCAGUCCUCGAGCAUUCAUGUAGCCCCUCUCCGAAUAUGCAAAGACGGCGACGAGGGCGGCGCAAUGGCCGGCCUUAACGACCCUACUGCUGCGGCAGACAGUUCAAGCCCGACAGCCUUGCUAGAGCCAGACGCGCUCAACGACGCGUCGGGCCCUCCUGCACGAUUCCACAACUACCUGCGGGCACUCUACCCGUUCCAGCCCGCCGCUUCCCACGCGUCGACCACAGUCACCCUGCCUCUCGAUGCCGGCGACAUAAUUCUGGUACACUCUGUUCAUGUCAAUGGCUGGGCCGACGGGACGCUCUUGGAGACUGGCGCCCGCGGCUGGCUGCCUACCAACUAUUGCGAGGCUUAUGACUACACCGCCAUGCGACCGCUUCUCAGGGCAUUGACCGACUUUUGGGACUUGGUCAGGUGUGGCAGCGACUCCAAUCUGAAUCUCUUCCGCAACCAGGACUACAUGAGAGGUCUCGUCGCCGGAGUGCGCGCCUUGCUCGAGAGGUGUGGCUGUCUCACUCGAGACUCCGCCUUGGUCAGGGAACACGACGAUAUUCGGAGGACUCGCAAGAGUCUCUUAUCCGACCUUGCCUUGCUUGUCCGCACUGCCAGGCUACUGCAGCAAAUGGUGAUGGCUCAAUUUGCCUACAAGGAUCUCGACAUCAGACUAGAUGACAUGCUCCUAAAAGCCUUCCGAAUCGUAACCCGGGCGGUCCUUUUCUUUGAUGUUUGGAGCGAGCAGACCGCUGCCCUGUCAUUUGGCCCGGCGAGACAUCAGGAUGCUGAUGGGCCACCCAGACUAGCAACGGCCUCGUCUUCACCGGCGGCUGAUGACACACGCCGGAUGGUCCAACAAAGAGGCUCGAUAUCAGUUGAGGCCAAAGUGGCCGAUACCACGACUUGGUCGAAGCGAAACAGCCGCCACUCAACCGACAAGCCAACUUCGGUGCGCCGGCCCUCUUCGACAACCCAUCGAAUGUCUUAUACUCGUGGGGCAAACGAGAAGAACUCCAAGCUCAUUUCCGAGUUCCUGCACCGGUCUUACGAUGAUUUCUUGACCGUUCUUGCCUCGUUCCUGGGUUCUCACAUGCAGUCUCGGUCAUCCUCCGAGCUGUUGCUGACUACGCAAAAUGCCGUGCGUUCCUGUCGUCAGCUGUUUGCGAUUGUCGAGACCGUAAUUGAGCGAGACUACAGCACCUCGCGCCCCUUGAUCCAGGCGAAAGACGCCAUGUACUACGCAAUCACUGAGCUAGUGCAUGCUGCUCGAGAGGUUUUCAAACCCGUCCAUUCGGUGGAUGGAGAUUUGGUUUACUUACCACAAGAGGCCCACAAUCUUUUGCAGGCGGCCACCGCCUGUGUGAGUGCUGCAGGUCGCUGCGUUGCCAGGACUAAGGCCACGCUUGAGGAAAUUGGCGAUUUCGAAAUCGAGGAUUUGGGGCGACUACUAGGACGGGGUUCGAAUGGGACCAAUACGCCAGAGCCACCUCACCAUGAUAUCGGACCGCUUGUCGGCCCUCGAGCCUCAUUGUCCAAAGCAUCUGUCAAGGAUAUCUCUGAGACGAUCAAGGGACGUCCUAGCAUAUCAAUUUCCCUUGACACUACGGGAUUAUCCUCCACUGGUUACGGCAGCAUCCCACCUACGCCAAAGGACAACACGAUGACCGACAUUAUGCGGUCCCCUCCUUUGCCGUCUCCAUCGUCCUCGAACCAAGAAAAUGCUCCGAUGUCUUCCCGGUUCAGUCGGUCACCGGCUGAUAAGAGAGCAUUUAGGCGGUCCCCGAGAGCACAAGGUGAAAGUACCAGCAGUGACGGCAGCUUUGGUCCACUUCACAGACGAUCAUAUCCGAGCAAUCUAUCCACCUCCUCCACGCGGGUCGCUUCAGUCUACGGAGAGAGAAUUGACUCUCGGACCGACCCAUUCGUGGGAAACUCACCCCUCGACGGGACCCUCGGCAGUGGCGGUUACGACGAAGACGCUGAAGCGGAGAUAUUGGUGAACACUUUCGCCCAGGAGCUUGUUUUCAACCGCGAGGGCUCGGUCGUCGGCGGGACUUUGAAUGCGCUGGUGGAACGGAUGACGACGCAUGAUGCUGCACCCGAUAUGUCUUUCACCAGCACGAUUUAUCUGACAUUCCGCCUGUUUGCAAAGCCAGAAGAGUUCGCUCGGGCAUUGGUGUAUCGAUUCGAAUAUGUCGGAGCAUACCCACAGAUAACCCAGCCCGUCCGGCUACGUGUGUACAAUGUGCUCAAAGGCUGGAUGGAAUCUCAUUGGAGGCACGACUGUGACGACACAGCCUUGCCUGUCAUUGUUGGUUUUGCACGAGAGCAGCUGACGCCAGUGCUUCCAAUGGCAGGGAGCAGGAUCCUCGAACUGGCUGACAAGGUGUCUUCUGCCCACGGCCCUAUAGUGCCCAGAGUCGUGUCGGUCAUUGGCAAGACAAAUACGUCGUCGGCUGCGUAUUUCGACCCAAAUGCGCCCCUGCCAGCUCCAGUCAUAUCAAAAAGUCAGCUCACCGGGUUGAGGGCUUGGAAAAUGGGCGGGGGAACCAUCAGCAUCCUCGAUUUUGACCCCCUGGAGCUUGCUCGUCAGAUUACACUCAAGACCUCCAAGAUCUUCUGCUCGAUCUUGCCAGAGGAGCUCCUGGCUACAGAGUGGACGAAACGGACGAGCUCGCUGGCCGUCAACGUACGGGCCAUGUCGACACUUUCAACCGACGUCUCCAACCUGGUCUCGGAUUCCGUGCUCCAACUGGAAGAGCCCAAAAAGCGGGCUGCGAUCAUCAAGCACUGGGUCAAGAUUGCGAAUAAGUGCUUGGAGUUGCACAACUACGACACGGUCAUGGCAAUUGUGUGCGCCCUGAAUUCGACCAACCUCAAACGCAUGAAAAGGACAUGGGAACUUGUUCCGCACAAAACGACCCAGGUGUUCGACGAGCUCUGCAAAGUGGUGGACGUUUCCCAUAACUAUACGGUGCUUCGACAGCGUGUUUCAUCGCACCUGCCCCCUUGCCUUCCGUUCAUUGGGGUCUACUUGACCGACCUCACCAUGAUUGAUUCCGCCAAUCCAGCCACACGGCCUCUCGUCAUCGAUGCUGGCGAGAUACCGGUGAUCAACCUCGACAAACACAUCAAGACGGCCAAGAUCAUCUCGGAGCUCCAAAGGUUCCAGAUUCCAUACCGUCUCUCCGAGAUCUCGGAGCUUCAGACCUGGAUGCAAGACCAAUUGAUCCGAGUGCGAUCCGCCGGCGAAAAGAAUUUCCAAAUGCAGUAUCGGCGUUCCCUGGUUCUGGAACCAAGGGAACCAAACAAGAGUCCGAAUCCAGACGCAUCGCAUACCGGCAAGGAUCGGGAAAGAUUUGACUUCUUGCACUGGACGCAUCUCCUCCAAAAAGAGAAGUCCGUGCCGGUCUCCAGCUGA